AUGCCUGCCUGGCCUGCAGAUGAGCAAUCACUAACAACUGUGGAUUAUGACAUUGAAGUGCCAGCUAUGGCAGUUGAAGAUAGCAUGGAGAUUUUGUUGGAAGAGGCACUGGAUGGUGUUGUUGGAGAUGAUUUGCAGGAUGGUGGUGAUCAUUUGGGUGGAGAUGCAUUUGAUGAGAGCAUUGACCAGAAUGAUGAUGACAUGCCCUCCCCCAACCAUCCAUCCAAAGGACCUGGGAUACACCCAAAUGAUUAUCUUUGGUGCAAGAAGAAAUGGGCUUGCAAGUCUACAAUCUGCCAUGUUGUCAUAUCACCAAAUUUUACCAUGAAAUCUCAUGACUGUCUCCUCCAUGUAUGUGGGUUUUCUCCUGUCAACAAGAGCAACAGUGGGAUGCAGUCUGGGAAUUUACUUCAAGGUGACAAGUUUGUUGUUGGGGACCUCUUUGUCACCCUCAUUUGCACCCAAGCCAAAGUCAUGGUCAUUGCCCUCACACAUUGCACUUUGAUCUCUCACAACCAUUCACUGCAUGGCAACCUCAACCUUGUGACUCUGACCUCAUCUCAUGGCAAUGUCAAACUUGGAGGUGAUAUCCUGAUGCUUGCUCCAGCAUCUACAGAACCCCUUGACAAUAUAUUGGAGCUAUUGUGGAUUUGGACUGGAAGUUUUGCAUCAAUCCCAUCACCUGUUCCUAGAACUACACAUGAUUCAGUCACUUGUAGUCCUAAAAGUGGGUCAUCCAACAUGUACAUUUUGUCCUGA